CAUGUGCUGGAUUUCACCGACUAUAAAACAUCACUAAUUGUUCUCAGCUAUAGCUGCCAUGUUCUUUCUCAGAACACGUGAUUAACCUAUGAUUAAUACUUUACAAAAGGUUUGCGGCUCACAAGUCAAAAUAUGAAAUAAGUUUAUUUCUCAAUCAUACCUUCAAAAAAUCAUGAAAAUUUCGUUAAUUAAUGGCGACAUUGGCAAAGUUUGACCAGGAAAAAUACUAGGCCUAUAGGUCUCAGCAUUAGCUGCCAUGUUCUUUCUCACAGAAAUACACGAUGAAACUAUGAUUAAGUUUAUUAACUUAUAUGAUUAGAUAUUUCAAAUCACAUAAAUAAUCAUUUGAUAUUUCAGUUAUCAUACCAUCACAAAACCAUCGUUGAAAAUAUUGUUAAUUAAUGGCUAUGUUAGCAAAGUUCGACGGGGAACAUUUGUAAUUAUGGCUGUGUUGUCCUUUAUUAUAAAAUGCACCAUUAGGAAUUUAACAAACAUUUCACACAAAAAAUCACACAAAAUAAUUUUAUCUCAACAUAAUAAGUUUACUUUCUUAAAAUGGCACACAAACUGCGCGAUCAGGGGAGAAGGGCCUUAGUCAGGGAGGUGACCAAAAACCCGAUGGUCACUCUCACAGAGCUCCAGCGUGUCUCUGUGGAGAGAGGAGAACCUUCCAGAAGAACAUCUAUCUCUGCAGCACUCCACCAAUCAGGCCUGUAUGGUAGAGUGGCCAGAGUGAAGACAUUCCUCAGUAAAAGGCACAUGACAGCCCGCCUGGAGUUUGCCAAAAGGCACCUUAAGGACUCUCAGACCAAGUCCAAGACCAAGAUUGAACUCUUUGGCCUGAAUGGCAAGCAUCAUGUCUGGAGGAAACCAUGCACCAGUCAUCACCUGGCUAAUACCAUCCCUACAGUGAAGCAUGGUGGUUGCAGCAUCAUGCUGUGGGCAUGUUCCUCAGCAGCAGGAACUGGGAGACUAGUCAGGAUCGAAGGAAAGAUGAAUGCAGCAAUGUACAGAGACAUCCUUGAUGAAAACCUGCUCCAGAGCGCUCUGGACCUCAGACUGGGGCAAAGGUUCAUCUUCCAACAGGACAACGACCCUAAGCACACAGCCAAGAUAACAAAGGAGUGGCCCAGCCAGAGCCCAGACUUGAACCCGAUUGAACAUCUCUGGAGAGAUCUGAAAAUGGCUGUGCACUGACAUUCCCCAGCCAACCUGAUGGAGCUUGAGAGGUCCUGUAAAGAAGAAUGGGAGAAACUGCCCAAAAAUAGGUGUGCCAAGCUUGUAGUAUCAUACUAAAAAAGACUUGAGGCUGUAAUUGGUGCCAAAGCUGCUUCAACAAAGUAUUGAGCAAAGGCUGUGAAUACUUAUGUACAUGUGCUUUCUUUGUUUUUUAUUUUUAAUAAAUUUGCAAAGAUUUCAAACACACUUCUUUCACCUUGUCAUUAUGGGGUAUUGUUUGUAGAAUUUUGAGGAAAAUAAUGAAUUUAAUCCAUUUUGGAAUAAGGCUGUAACAUAACAAAAUGUGGAAAAAGUGAAGCGCUGUGAAUACUUUCCGGAUGCUUUAAUACUUUCGGAAUAUAAUUUGGCAUAAGAUACAGGAAGGCCUUGGCUAAUCCAGGGUCAAAGUCAAGGCUGGAAGGGGCAACAGAGAGAGCUUGUAGAUCUCCUACUCGCUUGAGAGAUGUCAGGGCCAGCAGAAGAGCUACCUUUAGAGUCAGAAGCUUCUCAGAGGCUGACUCUAAGGGCUCAAGUGGGGCCCCUGACAGACCUUCCAGGACCACAGAAAGGUCCCAGGAAGGUGUGCGUGGCCUGCAGAUGGGCCUCAGCCGCCUGACACCACGCAUGAACCUCGAAGUUAGAGGAUGCUGCCCCACAGAGGCUCCAUCAACAGGGGUGUGGCUGGCCGAAAUGGCAGCCACGUAAACUCUUAUUGUAGAAGGAGCCCACCCUGCUGAGAAACGUUCUUGUAAGAACUCCAAGACUGUAGCUAUUGCGCAGUUCACUGGGUCUAGAGUGGAUCCCAGUGGAUGGGAAUCUCCCAAGGAGUGCCAUCUAGCAGGGAUAUUAUCUCUGAGAACCAUAUUUGAGCUGGCCAAUAAGGUACUACUAGCAGCAGAUGUAGACUGUCUUGGCGAACCCUCGCUAGAACUUGUGGGAGCAGAACGAUCGGGGGAAAAGCAUACAGAUGUGACCUAGGCCACAUGUGCACCAUGGCGUCCAGCCCAAAUUGUGCAGGAGGAGUGAGGGCGAACCACAGCGGGCAGUGUGCCGUCUCCUCGGAGGCGAACACGUGCAGUCCUGCUUGGCCAAACCUCCUCCAUAUGGACUCCACCACUUGUGGAUGGAGCCACCAAUCCCUGGGCCUCAGCUGCCACCUCAACAGGAUGUCUGCCCCCACAUUCCAGUUAUCCAGAAUGUACAUUGCACUCCCCUCUGCCCAGAGGAGUAUUAGUUGCGCCUGCCUGAACAGGGGGCACGGACAUAAUCCUCCCUGGUGGUCAAUAUAUGAGACCACAGCUGUGUUGUCUGUAAACACAUGGUGACCUCUCAAUUGAGGAAGAAGGAAUUUCAGUGCUAGAUAUAAGGCCCACAUUUCUAGGCAAUUUAGAUGCUGCUCCAGAUGAGGGCCACUCCAGAGACCAUGAGCUGGACAGCUGUCUAAGACCGUGCUCCAGCCCAUGAGGGCGGUAUCUGGGAGGUGUCUUGCACUAAGGAGACACCCCUAGAGUGUGACCCAAGGCUAGAAACUGGGGACACUCAAAUUCUCAGAGCACGCAUGCAUCGCCGCGUGACACUAAUUACUCUCAGAGGUAUCGUACUUGUAGAAAACCCCCAACUUCUCAGCCACCACUGAACGGUCUCCUGUGCAAUAGGCCCAUAAGCACCAAUAGUCUCCCAAGAUCCAGCUUUAUCUUACUCAGUGUUGAUAGGAUUGACCCUACGCAUGUUAGGGAUAGAAACGCCCUCAUCAUAGUAGAAUCCUUAUAACCCCUAGAAAAGUUGUCCACUGCACUGGGCAAAGCAUACUUUUCUGAGAUUCAACCUGAGCCCCAAGCUCUUCAUGUGGGCGAGAACAACAUCUCAAUGUUGAACCGCCAGUUCCCUGGAUCAUGCUAGAAUUAACCAGUCAUCCAGGUAGUUUAGUACAUGGAUGACGUGGAGUGACAAUGGAGACAGAGUGACAUCCAUGCACUUUGUGAAGGUGCGAGGGCAAAAAGCUAGCGAUAUUUCUAUGUGGAAAUAUGCACCUUUUAUUUCUAUUGUCAGAAACCAGUCCUCAAACUGAAUCUGUGGAAAGAUAAGUUUGGGCGUCGGCAUCUUGAACCUGUAUGUCCGAAGAGUACAGUUCAGAUGACGCAGAUCUAAAAUUGGCCGAAUAAUCCUCUAUUUUUUGCGGACCAGGAAAUAACAGCUGUAAAAACUUCCCUCCCUCGAGGAACGGGGUACAUGCUCUAUGGCCCCUUUGUCCAAGAGGGAUCUUACUUCCUGCGCUAUCGUUAGGUUCUGGUCUGUGAUGACUACUGUGGUGAGCACACCUCUGAUCUGGGUGGGUCGAGCUCUAAACUGGACCCGGUAACCCUUUUCUACGGUAGACAGAACCCAUGGAGGCACAUUUGGCAGUAGUUUCCACGCUGCCAGACGGUCUUUUAGUGACGUUAACUAUUCCACAUUCUGUUGGAGGGAAUGCGUCAGAUUUUUGUUGCCCUGUGACAGCUCGCUGACCAGAGAACACUGAAAACUUGGGACAGCCUUGGCUAGGGGAGGCCCUACAGUAGCAUUGGGGGCUAACUGCCCUAACAACCUCAUGUCCCCUGAUACGUCCCUCCACGGCCCCUCAGGACCACUCUUCUUUUCCUGCUUGGCCUUUAUGAUAAUUUUCAGAUCAGGCCUAGUAGCAGGCCGCCCAGUUUCCCUGGCUGUCUGCGGGGGUUGGAGGGCUGCCAUACUCGCCUUCUGUGUCUCCCACUCAUGGAUUUCCGGGUGACCUCGACACAACGGGGAAGGAACUGGCUGAAUGCCGCCAUAUGUUGAGCUCACUCAGCAGGUCUGCUUGGUAGGCCUGCAACAGUGUCAUUAUCUGCAGUGACCCACAAGAAAGACUACUACUACAUAGGCCUUGCCCAACAAUGCCACGGUGGCCUUACACGGUGGCUUGGAUAGCAAAGACGGCCCCUCUAAUUACCUGCCAUCGAUGGAGAGAGGUAGCUCGCAAGCACCUCCUCCACCUUCAGCAUAGCUAAAUAGCCAUGCCAUUCAUUCUCCACAAUGGCCGAAUAAUCCAACAUCGUGGGGUUAUAAAUACGGCUUAUGCAUGGUUUUCUCCCAGAAGCCUGAUAUUUUGUCAUGCACUUCUGGAAGAAAGGGGAGUUUUCUGCAGUGUGAGGGAUUUACUUUCACUGGGGAGAAAAAGGCUCAUCCAGCCUUAGUAAAUCACUUCAAGCAGCUCUUUAUAUACUGGUCUCAGUUUUUAGCACAUCCUUCUGGCUCCUCGGAGUCAGAGAGGAAUUAAUACUAUUUUUUUUGUGUGUGUGUGUGUGUCCAGACCCCCUAUCAAGAGAUAGAGCAGCGCUCGUCUCCGGCUCCUCUUAUCGAUCCAUAAAAGAUCCUCCGGACCUGAAACGGCUAUCUGCCUCGGCAGCGGCCGGCCCAGAUCCGCGAGGCUCUAAAACCCAGCUAGCUUAUUUAUGGUAGGCCUAUAAAUAGGCAGGACUUUACACAAGCUUCAGAUGCCCUUUGCGUGCGAGAGGCGCUCCCAUAGUGUUAUGCUAAAGACAACGUUGAUGUUCCCUUUGAAAGGGAACUCCCUUCUUUAACGUCACACUGAAACCGUCUCAGCAGCAAUCCACGGAGGAGACGAAGAGGACCGCCUUUUGUAUUCAAUGCAUUAGUUCUCUUGCUGCCAGGCAGGACUCCUUGCAUGGCCAAUCACAUCAAAGGAAGACCAGCGUGAGCUAUUUUAAUGAAUCAUGAUUUUGAGUUCAUAACACUUGAAAUUUAAAGUUUAUGUAUUUUGUAGGUAAAUAAGUUAAACUAACAUUUUUUUAGUUAUGAGUCCAAAAUGCAAAAUGUUAAGUAAUGUUUAGUCAAGAGUAUUUGAUUGUUUAAGUAAAGACAACAUUAGGGUUUACAGUGUAUAGCCUUUUAUUCAUAAAUAGCCUUCUAUGAAUAGGCACAUUGGAAACUUUCUCGCACGCACAUCCCACAAUCCCGGCUGAUGAACUGGCUUUUCACUUGAGGGAAAAAAAUUAUACUUUGGACCAACUUUAAAAGAUUACUCUGAUUUGUUACACCCAAAUUUAUUAGUUUUUCCAAGAAAAUCUGCUUCAAAGCUUAAAUUGUGAUCUAAUAUUAAUCAAAAAUAUUUAUUUUCCCUAAGACAAACAUUUACACUGACUGUGAGCUCGUGUUUGGCAGAACUGAGAGACUGUCAGCCAAUAAGACGCGAGUAUCUCCACCUUUUUUCCUGUAAAACCUGUCUGGUCUCGUCUCUUUCCACUGGAGAUAUAAAAUAACCGUCUUCUUUCAACUCAGUUACGCAGUGACAAACUGCUCCAAGUGGAUAAUUAUUCAGGGCUACAGCCCCUAAUGCCCAGGCUAGGUUACCCCCGGGUGUGGCACCAUGUUCAUGCAGCUGAAGCGCGCGCUCCGGGAAGGAAGCGUAUUUUCCCGGGGAUCCAUCCCGCCGUGGAGCGCGUGUGGAAGGGCAGUGUUUUGCAGGUUUCUAUGGCGUGUGUUGAUGUUUUUGACCAUCCUGUUUGUGGCGUUGCAGUUACUGAGUGCGUUUCAUCAGUUUUGGAACAACAAACAAACAUCGAGCUUUUUGACCAGCGACAGAAAUGCCAUGUGUCAACCCAAGAACCAUGUUUUCUUCCUGAAGACGCACAAGACGGCCAGUAGCACCAUCCUCAACAUCCUAUAUCGCUAUGGCGAUACCCACAACUUGACCUUCGCGCUGCCAGAGAACAUCUACCAGUUCUCCUACCCACACUUCUUCAUGUCGCACUUUGUCAAGGGCAUGAAGUCUCGCCGAGUGACAGAGUUCCACAUUAUGUGCAACCACAUGCGCUUCCAAGGGCUUGAGGUGAGAAAGGUCAUGCCCUUGGACACGUUUUAUUUCUCCAUCCUGCGCAAUCCGGUGUCUAUGAUGGAGUCUCUCUUCACGUACUACAAAUCACUCCCCGUGUUCAGCAACUUCAAGACCCUCGAGGACUUUCUGCUCGAUGAAGGCCGUUCUUACAGCGAUACUAUGCCUGAUAACCAUUACGCUCGUAAUAUCCUGACCUUCGACUUCGGCUUCAACAACUCGGCACCGUCCAGCGAAGCGGAACUGGACGAACGAGCUGAGGCUCUGAUUUCCGCCGUGGAGAGUGAAUUCCACCUCAUCCUGAUCUCAGAGUACUUCGACGAGUCCAUGGUGUUGCUCAGACACGCCCUCUGCUGGACCCUGGACGACGUCGUGUCAUUCCGCCUGAACAGCCGAAGCGAGAAAACCCGCAAAUCGCUGAGCGUGGAAAUGACCGAGCAGGUAAAGAAGUGGAACUCGUUGGAUUGGCGACUCUACCAACACUUUAACGCAAGCUUCUGGAGGCGGAUAGAUACAUCGCUAGGGCGCACUAAGCUCCAAGAGGAAGUGGAGCUUCUCAGAGACAGAAGGGCAGUACUGGAGAAAACCUGCCUUUCAGAGGGCGGAGCCGUGGAUCCAGCUCACGUACUUGAUUCAUCAUUGAAGCCAUUCCAGUACGGCCAAGCGGUUAUCCAGGGAUAUAACAUUCGCCCGGGAUUGGACAACGACACACACCAUUUUUGUCACAGGCUCAUCAUGCCUGAACUACAGUACACUGGGGCUUUGUACGUUAAACAAUUCCCUGAUAUCGCUGCUCAAAAAGAUGAAGGAAAAAAGCACCCCACCCCUGGCAAACACAUCAUAAAUGCUAAGAGGAACAGCACCAGUGCGCCUGUCACUGAGAGUCUCAACUCAACUGUACAAGUUAAUAUGCCUAUAUUAGCCAAAGACAAUAUGGAUGUUAAAGAUAAUGCUAACUCAGCUGAAGCAAAGCAACACAAAACCUAAAGACAAAUGAACCUCAACCUGACAUUAAACAGCGAAAUAUGCUAAAUGUGCCUUAGCCUAUGCUGUGGAGAAGAUCUCAAUUUGUUCAAAUCCAGCAGCCAGAAAAACAAUACAAAUGAAUGUCAAAUGGUAUUUACACAAAACCGAUCAACUGUUAGUUCUUUUACUUGUGAUUAUCUUUGCACUUUGCUAGAUCAUCUUGGGUCUUAAAAUCGUGAUUAAUUUGUUAGCUAGGGGGAAUAUUUGUAAAUAUUUCACUGUUUUUCUGAAAACUAAGCACUCCAGGCUAAGUUUCGACUAUUCUUCUUCUUCUUCUUCUUCUUCUUCUUCUUAUUGUUAUUAUUGUUAUUAUUAUGUGAACUGGCCCUAAUUCUGUAAAGAUACUGACUGUAUGUCAUUAAUGUUUUUUCAAAUCCUAAAAGCUGGUAUACAAGUAUAAGAAAUAAGAUUAUUGUUACUGUGAGAUGGUAAAUACGGGUGUAUAUCCUCUGAAUGAGAUGAUUCAGACUAAAUGUCACAAUUUAAAUGCAGAUUUUUCUAACAAGAUUCAGUUUUCUCUUGAAAGAUAAUUCAAGAGAAGGUUUAUAAACAUAGCUGAUAUGAAAUUCAAGUUUGUAAACUGGACUAAAAAAUUCUGAUAUAACCUUUGGGGGCGGGGCUGUGGUAAGUGUCACUUAUGUAGAAUUUAUUCACGCAUUAAUAAUAAAUCAUUUGUACUCAA